UUGGCUUAUUAAUCACUUAAUUUAGCAUGGAUCAUUCAUUAAUUUGUGAGAUUAGUGCAGUGGGGCCCACAACGGAUCGAUUCAAUUGAGCUCGGAUUCAAAAGGGCAGGUUUUCCCGCGCAAACACCGACCCCCAGCGAAGGUGAUUUAAUUAGCGCCGCAGAUUUGAAAGGUGGGGAUCAGUUAUUACGCGGAGAGAACGUGGGGCCAUUCCCCCCGCACGUAUGACCAACCGACCAUUCACUGACAGACACGUCGGCAACGGCCAUGCUUGAUUGGCUGUCACCUGCCUCGCACGACGGGUCGGUCCAUCACCCCCCUACCUCCCACCUCCCACCUCCCCCGCGAUGCAAACAUCCCCCCAGACCCAAUACCAUGUCGUGUUUUCAAGCAAGUUUCUACUUUUCUUCCAUAGAAUUGGUGUAUGUUCAGAGCAAACCCAUCAAGCCGCUUCUGAAUUCCCACUCAUCGUGUCGGGGAGAGACGGAAACGAUGGGAGUCGAAGAGACCGCGGCAGAGGAAGACUGUGUUACUCCGAAGCGCGGGGAUUGCCGGAUUCCUGAGAAUUCGUGUUGUCCACCGCCUCCUCCGAGGAAGAAGCCGGUUCAAGCAAUAAAGCAGGGCCCGCCGAAAAAUGGGUACUUCCGGCCGGACGAUCUUGACGCUUUGUUUUCUGUUAAGCCCAGCAAGGAAGGAUUCUUGUAGCUGUUUGGUUCAUGUUUAGCUUCCCUUCAUAGGCGACUGUCCAUCGUCGUAGGCUUUGUACAGAAGUUCUGUUUAGUCAUCGUAGCCAGGGGAAAUUCAUUCAUGCAUGUUUUAACAUUAGACAAACUCAUUCGUUAUAUUCCGUGUGGAUCUUCUCCGCAUGGCGACUUCCUCCAAAACUCAAUAAACAAUUUUCACCAUAUCGCUGCUGGAACUCGUGUAGCCAUCCUCGAGUCUUUGAAGAUAGACGAUGCUGGAAACUUCUUGAACUCUGGUCAUCCUCAAGUCUUCAAAGAUAGAUGAUGCGACAAGCGCAGGAUAUUUGCAGCUCAGAAGGUCAAAGACGAUAUAAUUUCCAUUUCCCGGGGCACGCUUAAGCCAGGUCUGAGAGGUCCAGAUCAACUCUUAGCAGUGAAGCUAAGUCCAUGGUCUUACCCAACCCCGAUGGCUCCGUUUUUUCAUUAAGAUCCAUGCAGAUAUCCCUUUCUUGCAAUGAAGGGCUCAAUGCGAAGAAAAAUAGAGAAACAGCGUGCGCGAGAA